AGGAGUACUACAUUACCCACAAUUCCUUCCGGUUUAAGCGGAAGUUGUUUGUGACGACCUUGGGUAGCUCUUGCAAGCAUGGCGAAUAAAGAGCCUAACAGGUUGCUCCAGAACCUAAAGGACCUCGCCGGACGUAUGUCCUCUGGAUCAAAGGGUGCCGGACUUGGCCUGAAGUUAUUAAUUGGAGCAGGUGCGCUUGCUUAUGGAGUCAAAGAGGCCACCUAUACAGUGGAGGGUGGUCAGCGUGCCAUUAUCUUUAGUAGAAUUGGAGGGAUGCAAAUGGACACAGUCCUCUCUGAGGGUCUCCACUUCAGGAUACCAUGGUUUCAAUAUCCAAUUAUAUAUGAUAUCAGAGCCAGGCCAAGAAAAAUAUCAUCUUUAACAGGAAGCAAAGACCUGCAGAUGGUGAACAUUGCAUUGCGUGUGCUGUCACGACCUGUGGCCUCCAACCUUCCUGUCAUGUACCAGCAGCUGGGGAAGGACUACGACGAGCGCGUGCUGCCGUCCAUUGUAAAUGAAGUUCUGAAGAGCGUGGUCGCCAAAUUCAACGCAUCCCAACUAAUUACACAAAGAGCCCAAGUCUCUCUGCUCAUCCGACGGGAGCUCUUCGAACGCGCUAAGGACUUCAACAUUAUUCUCGAUGACGUGGCCAUCACGGAGUUGAGCUUCAGCAAGGAGUACACAGCGGCUGUGGAGGCCAAACAAGUCGCCCAGCAGGAGGCGCAAAGAGCUCAGUUCUUUGUGGAGAAAGCCAAACAAGAACAGAAGCAGAAGAUCAUCCAAGCUGAAGGAGAGGCUCAGGCAGCCAAAAUGUUAGGGGAGGCCGUCACAAAGAACCCUGGAUACCUCAAACUAAGAAGAAUCAGAGCAGCGCAGAACAUCGCCAAAACGGUGGCGGCUUCACAGAACAAGGUUUACCUGAACGCAGAUAGUUUGGUUCUGAAUCUACAGGAUGACUCUUUUAACAAAUUGUCUCUCGGAAAGAAGUAACCCAUUCAGAAGCCGAUCUCAUUCCAGUUGUCAGAGGUUAUAUUACGAGUAACCGUAUAUGUGUCCUUUGAGAUGGCAUUUUAAGAUUGAGUCACAAAUGAAUAUGUCCGUCUGGGGAAGACUCAUUCAAUUUCUAAUGGUGUAGUCCUGGUUCGUCGAUCAAAUUUGACUCCACAGUUUGCUGGUUAUCAAAUACAGCUUUGUGUUUAUCUUCAGCCCAAUGAAUGAAGGAAACGGUGUACUGUACCAGACCAUGUAAUGCUUUUCGACGGUGAUUGUCAUAACAGGAAACAUGUCUUUAAAUCAUACAUUAGAUGAGCUCAAGGUUGGUUGAGAAAAAAUAAAUCCAUCCAUUUUCCUAGGAA